CACAAAUGUAUCAGUGUUUGAAAUGUCCUUAUUCAACUUCUAAACUAUUCCAGUUGAACAGACACAUGUGGACCCAUUCAGAUGAGAAGCCAUUUAAAUGUGGCCAGUGUAACUAUAUGACAACUAAGAAGCAUGCUCUGAAGCAACAUGUAGAGAGAGUUCAUAAAGAACUUAAACCGCUAAAAUGCAGUCUCUGCAGUUAUAAAACAAGAUAUCAUAACAAACUUAUGAAGCAUGCAAAAAGCCACAUUACUCCUCGCAUCUACCUGUGUUCCAUUUGUUACUAUGCAGCUUCCCAAAGGCGCAGUCUUCAACUCCACGUCAAUGCAAGACACGCAGACUGCUCUGAUCAUACAGGGAGUACUUCAGAAGUACAAAAUUAUCAGGAAUGUUCUGCCCAAAGCAGUCAUGAAGAUGUGGAACAGGACCAUUGCAAAAGUAAAGUGGAUACAAAUGACACCAACAAUGCUAGCAUUCUAAAACCAGAGAAAAAUGAAACUUUGCCAGAACACGUGGAAAACUGCAAUGUUACCUGUCAGGUGGUAACAAGUGGUCAAAAACCAGCUUCAGAGAAUAGUAUGUCAACUCGUGAAAACAAGAUAUCACAGUGUAAAAGAAAGAAAGCAAAUGAAGUAUCAGGCAGGGCGAAGAAAGCUAAAAGAAAGACCACCAGAAGAAAGCCAAAGCCACUGAGUCGCUCACUGUGCGAAUAUGAAGCUGCCACUCAUACUGGCCUUAAGAAGCACCAAAAGCAGCAUAUCAACCUUCCUAUUUGUUGCUAUGCAACUUCCAAGGAACACGAGGUUCAACUCAACAUCAAGUCAAGCAGGCCUGACUGCUCUGCUAACAGCUGUGAUGUGGAGCAAAGCAUACAGGAUACAGAGAGAAAGAAAUCUGGCACACCUCUAUCUGAAAAUAGUUUAGCAGUUGUUGCAAAGAAAGAAAGCAAAUAAUCAAGCAGGGUAAAUGGCACUAAGUGUGUUUAAUUCAAAUUUUGA